GAUGCAGACCCUCCUCAUUGUGAGCUCACGGGAGAGGCGCCAGGAGGAAGUCCGCUCCUCGUCACCCAGUGAGACGUCACUGCUGAAUAUCGAUCAAUGCUUACUUUGGUAAAACUUACGAUGAUUGGUAAUUAAUACUGGGACGCUUUGUUAGGAGCUGAGGAGGACUGAAGCCGAGGGCGAGGGACAGCAUGGACCCACUGGACGGCCUGGGAGACGAAUUUGACGAGGAUGUCGACGUCCCAUCGGAAAGCGAUAGCGGCAAAGUGAAGAAGAAGAAAUCGUCAAAGAAAUCAAAAGAGAGGCCGGUCAAGACAAAGAAGAGGAAGAAAGAGGAGAGCGAGAGUGAGCUGACUGAUGCAGAGGACGAGAACAAGACAGAUAGCGAGGGCAGCGACUACGCGCCCAGCAAAAAGAAAAAGAAGAAAGCCAAGGAGAAGAAGGAGAAGAAGAACAGCAAGCGGCGUAAGGAGGAGGCGGCGGCGGCAGCGGCGGCUGCAGCAGAGGAAGAGGAUGACGACGAUGACGACGACGCACCACAGAAAAACGCUGCCCAGAUGCUUGGAGACUGGGGCUUCUCAGACGUGGACCACGUGUACACAGAGGAUGACUACCGCACGCUGACAAACUACAAGGCCUUCAGCCAGUUUGUACGGCCUAUGAUAGCGGAAAAGAAUCCCAAGAUCCCCGUGUCGAAGAUGAUGACCGUGCUUGGAGCUAAGUGGCGUGAGUUUGGCGCCAACAGCCCCUUCAAGGGCUCCACGGUAACCGCCGCUGCCAUGGCGACGGUUCCCAGGGACCCAGCUGCGCCACCCUCCGUCUCCAUGCCCACUAUCGCCCCGGCAACCGUCACCACGGAGACGACGCCAGUCACAAGCGCCACCACCUCCACUGAGGAAGCAGUAGUAGCAGCACCCGCUGCGACACCGGCACCACUUGUGCCACUGAGGAAGGCCAAGACCAAAGAGGGAAAAGGCCCCAAUGCGCGCCGACGAACUAAGAGCGCACGUGUGGGCGAGGGAGCCAAAAAGAAGGUCGUGACGCCGGCCACCAAGGCCAGUAAAAAGCUGGCGCCACUCAAAAUCAAACUGGGUGCCUUCACCAGCAAGCGCAAGAAGGGCUCCUCAAGCGAGGAGGAAGAAUUUGAGGAGGAGGAGUUUGAGGACUUUGACGAGUCGAGCAUCAACAGCUCAUCGGUGCGGUCCGACAGCUCGCAGGGGAAGGUUCGCAAAGCCAAGAAGAGAGUAAAGAUGGUCAAAAAGAAAAGAAAGGUGGGGGAUGAUGAAGACGGCUAUGAGACGGACCACCAGGACUACUGCGAGGUGUGCCAGCAGGGCGGCGAGAUCAUCCUGUGCGACACGUGCCCGCGCGCGUACCACCUCGUGUGCCUCGACCCCGAGCUGGAGAAGGCGCCCGAGGGAACUUGGAGCUGCCCGCACUGCGAGAAGGAGGGCAUCCAGUGGGAGGCAAAGGAGGAGGGUGACGAGGAGGACGAAGAGGUAGUGGGUGGAGAGGAGGAGGAGGACGACCACAUGGAGUUCUGCCGCGUGUGCAAGGAUGGCGGGGAACUGUUGUGCUGCGAUACGUGCCCCUCGUCGUACCACAUCCAUUGCCUCAACCCUCCACUCCCCGAGAUACCCAACGGGGAGUGGCUCUGCCCACGCUGCACGUGCCCCCCAGUGGAGGGAAAGGUUCAGAAAAUCUUGCACUGGAAGUGGGGGGUGGCCCCCCCUUCAACACCCGUGGCGAGACCAGCGGAUGCCCCUCCGGACGCGCCAGACCCCAAGCCGCUGGAGGGGAGACCGGAGCGCGAGUUCUUCGUGAAGUGGAGCAAUCUCUCCUACUGGCACUGCUGCUGGAUCACAGAGCUGCAGUUGGAGAUCUACCACCCGGUGAUGUACCGCACGUACCAGCGCAAAACCGACAUGGACGACCCUCCGGCAUUUGACUAUGGCUCGGGCGAAGAAGAAGGGAAGGUGGAGCGGCGGCGCAAGAGCAAAGACCCCAAGUUCGCCGAGAUGGAGGAGAGGUUCUACCGCUUUGGCAUCAAGCCCGAGUGGCUCAUCAUCCACCGCAUCAUAAAUCACAGUAUCGACAAGAAGGGCAACAUCAGCUACCUGAUCAAGUGGCGUGACCUUCUGUAUGACCAGUCAACCUGGGAGAGCGAUGACUUGGACAUCCUCGAUUAUGAUCUCCAUCGCACCUCCUACUGGACGCACAGAGAGAUGAUGAUGGGCGAGCCGGGCAAGUGUCCCAAGAAGCUCAAGAAGACCAAGAAGUUGCUGAAGGAGAGCAACAAGUCUCCAAAACCUCCAGACACCCCUAUCGUUGAUCCGACGAUCAAGUUUGAGAAGCAGCCCGACUAUGUGGAGGUGACGGGAGGGCAGCUGCACCCCUACCAGCUGGAGGGGCUCAACUGGCUGCGCUUUUCCUGGGCCCAGGGCACUCACACAAUCCUUGCGGAUGAGAUGGGGCUCGGCAAGACUGUGCAGACUAUAGUCUUCCUCUACUCGCUCUACAAAGAGGGCCACUCAAAGGGCCCGUACCUGGUCAGCGCGCCGCUCUCCACCAUCAUCAACUGGGAGCGUGAGUUUGAGAUGUGGGCGCCUGACUUCUACGUGGUGACGUACACGGGCGACAAGGACAGCCGCGCCGUCAUCCGCGAGAAUGAGUUCUCGUUUGACGACAGCGCCAUUCGCGGUGGCAAGAAGGCCUCCAAGAUGAGGAAGGACGCAAUGGUGAAGUUCCACGUACUGCUCACAUCGUAUGAGCUGAUCACCAUCGACCAGGCUGUGCUGGGCUCCAUCGACUGGGCCUGCCUUGUGGUUGAUGAGGCCCACAGGCUCAAGAACAACCAGUCCAAGUUUUUCAGAAUCCUCAAUGGCUAUAAGAUCGACACGAAGCUCCUACUCACAGGGACACCUCUGCAGAACAACCUCGAGGAACUGUUCCACCUCCUCAACUUCCUCACAUCCGACCGAUUCAACAACCUGGAGGGCUUCCUGGAGGAGUUUGCUGACAUCUCCAAGGAGGAUCAGAUUAAGAAGCUGCACGACCUCCUGGGGCCCCACAUGCUGCGGCGUCUCAAGGCCGACGUCUUCAAGAACAUGCCCUCCAAGACGGAGCUCAUCGUGCGCGUCGAGCUCAGCCCCAUGCAGAAGAAAUACUACAAAUUCAUUCUCACGCGCAACUUCGAGGCACUGAAGUCCAAGGGUGGUGGCAACCAGGUGUCGCUCAUCAACAUCAUGAUGGACUUGAAGAAGUGCUGCAACCACCCCUACCUCUUCCCGGUCGCAGCCAUGGAGGCACCGAAGCUGCCGAACGGCGUCUAUGACGGAACAUCGCUGGUGCGCGCCGCUGGCAAGCUCAUGCUGCUGCAGACGAUGCUGCGCAAACUAAAAAAUCAGGGCCACAGAGUGCUCAUCUUUUCCCAGAUGACCAAGAUGCUGGAUCUGCUGGAAGACUUCCUGGACAACGAGGGCUUUAAAUACGAGAGGAUUGAUGGAGGCAUCACUGGCAGCCUCCGGCAAGACGCCAUCGACCGAUUCAAUGCUCCCGGGGCUCAGCAGUUCUGCUUCCUGCUGUCGACGCGAGCGGGAGGCUUGGGCAUCAACCUGGCGACGGCCGACACGGUCAUCAUCUACGACUCUGACUGGAACCCCCACAACGACAUCCAGGCCUUCAGCAGAGCCCAUCGAAUCGGGCAGGCGAACAAGGUGAUGAUUUACCGAUUCGUGACCAGAGCCAGUGUGGAGGAGCGAAUCACACAGGUGGCAAAGAAGAAGAUGAUGCUCACUCACCUGGUGGUGCGCCCUGGUCUUGGCUCCACCAAAACCGGUUCCAUGAGCAAGCAGGAGCUGGAUGAUAUCCUCAAGUUCGGCACAGAAGAGCUGUUCAAGGAUGACGUGGAAGGUGAGAUAAAGGAGAAUGACGAGCUGAGCGUGAUCCACUACGACGACAAGGCCAUCGAGAAACUGCUGGACCGGGACCAGCAGGACAGCACUGAGGUGGAGCCAGACAUUCAGAGCAUGAACGAGUACCUAAGCUCAUUCAAGGUGGCGCAGUACAUCGUCAAGGAGGAGGAAGAGCCCGAGGAGGAGGUGGAGCGGGAGAUCAUCAAGCAGGAGGAGACGGUGGACCCCGACUACUGGGAGAAGCUGUUGCGCCACCAUUAUGAGCAGCAGCAGGAGGACCUAGCGCGCAACCUCGGCAAGGGCAAGCGCGUUCGCAAGCAAGUGAACUACAACGACGCGGCGCAGGAAGACCCGGACUGGAGGGACGAUUUGUCGGACAACCAGUCAGACUACUCGGUGGGCUCCGAGGAGGAGGACGAAGACUUCGAGGAGAGACCAGAAGGCGGCGGACGACGCCAAUCCAAGCGCCAGCUGAAGAAUGAGCGCGACAAACCGCUCCCCCCUCUACUCGCCCGCGUCGGAGGGAACAUUGAGGUGCUGGGCUUCAACGCACGGCAGCGCAAGGCGUUCCUGAACGCGAUCAUGCGCUAUGGGAUGCCUCCGCAGGACGCGUUCGGCUCCCAGUGGCUUGUGAGAGACCUCCGUGGAAAGAGUGAGCGCGAGUUCAGGGCGUACGUGUCUCUGUUCAUGAGACACCUGUGUGAGCCGGGUGCGGACGGAGCGGAGACGUUUGCAGAUGGCGUCCCGCGCGAGGGGCUGUCCCGUCAGCACGUGCUCACCCGCAUCGGCGUCAUGUCUCUCGUUCGCAAGAAGGUGCAAGAAUUCGAGUGUGUGAACGGCAAGUGGAGCAUGCCGGAGCACAAGCCUCCCGAGGGCAUGGAGGUGAAGAAGGUGGCACCCUCGCCCGUGGACAGUCAGGCCAGUACUCCGGCACCCUCCAAACCCGCCACACCGGUUCCGGUGGACAAGGCUGUGAGCGAGCCGGCCACUCCUGCUACUGACACAGCGUCGCCCGCAGAGAAACCCACGGAAGCCGAGGCAUGCAAGGAAGAGCCAAUGGAGACUGAGGCAGCAAAGCCGACAGAGGAGCCCACCCCCUCGGCAUCCCCGACCCCUUCAGCCGAGCCCUCCGACCCCACGACCUUGCAACUGGAGAAGAGCGAGAAGACUGACACCACCGAUGCUGCAGCAGCAGUAGAAGCAACCGUGGAGAAAGAGGAGGAGGAGGAAGAGUUGAUAAAGACGGAGCCGGCAGAGGCACCCGCCGAAAGCAAAUCGGAGGAAAAACCGGCGGAAAAUCCAGUGGAAAUUCCGGUGGAAAAGCCGGUGGCGGAAAAGCCGGUGGCGGAAAAGCCGGCGGCGGAAAGUCCGGCGGCGGAAAAGCCGGCGGAAAAGAGCACGGAUGCGCCCAAGGAGGGGACAGACACGGAGGCAGCUGCCCCGGAGAGGGAGGGUGACGGGAGCAAAGACUCCACGGAGAAGCCGGUGCUGACGAAGGACGUGGAGGAGGUGGUGGUGGCGGCCGCGGCCGUAAAGCCCGCGGAGAAAUCUGACGAAAAGAAGGAGGAGAAGAAAGAAGAGAGGCCCGAGAAGCCCAAGUUCAUGUUCAACAUCGCCGACGGUGGCUUCACAGAGCUGCACACACUGUGGCAGAACGAGGAGCGAGCCGCGACGACUUCUAAGAAGAUGAACGAGAUCUGGCACCGGCGGCACGACUACUGGCUGCUCGCCGGCAUCGUCACGCAUGGCUAUGCGCGCUGGCAGGACAUUCAGAACGACGCUCACUACGCCGUCAUCAACGAGCCCUUCAAGAUGGAGAUGAGCAAGGGCAACUUCCAGGAGAUGAAGAACAAGUUCCUGGCACGCAGGUUCAAGCUGCUGGAGCAGGCGCUGGUCAUUGAGGAGCAGCUGCGCCGCGCCGCCUACCUCAACAUGACGCAGGAUCCCGGCCACCCAGCCAUGGCUCUCAACGCUCGCUUCGCCGAGGUCGAGUGUCUGGCAGAGAGCCACCAACACCUGUCCAAGGAGAGCCUCUCCGGCAACAAGCCGGCCAACGCCGUGCUGCACAAGGUGCUGAACCAGCUGGAGGAGCUGCUGAGCGACAUGAAGGCAGACGUGACGCGUCUGCCAUCCACGCUGUCCCGAAUCCCGCCCGUGGCGGCGCGCCUGCAGAUGUCGGAGCGCAGUAUUCUGUCCCGACUCGCUAGCCGGGGCGGCGGUGGCGGUGGCGGCGAAGCAACCGCCCCUCCCGGCGCCACACAGGCUGGGGGUGGAGGCACUACAGGGGGAGUGGCAGUGGGGGGUGGUAACGGGACCCCCCCUGUGAGCCGGGCUCCCAGUGGCCUUCCUGGGACUCAGGGCGGGGUCAUCAACUUCAGCCAGAUGCCAGCGGGGCCAUACGCCACGGCUGUGAAUGGGAUGUCCGGCACAGAUAAGAAAGGGGGGGCUGUGGACGGCUCCUCGAAGGAGGGGGGGGUGAGCGGUGGCGCGGACAAGAAGGGGAACAACAGCGACGUCGUCAUCUGUCUUGAUUAAUUCGCAUUGAAUUAAGCCACGUGCAAGAAGAAGAGACAGAGGAGAGCUACCUUCGGUUUUGUCGGAGGCUUGAGAAAGGCCAGCUUGUGAUUCUCUCCUUGUGUUGUCUGUCUCCAACCUUCACACGUAACUUCUAUACCCCCUUUUCCUCAUUCUUAUCUCCCUUCUCUAUCUCAUCUCUCCUCGUCAGCGUUCUGUUUCUAUCUUGCAGCUGCCAACUUUUGUAAUUCACUGGGGGAGUGUCCAAUGUAAAUUUCCGUUUGUCCACCCAAUUUUAUUUGGGGUUCUUCUCAGAAGUUUGCAGCAGUGGCUGUUCAAAACGGUCUUGGAUACGACAAUUACACUAUGACGCCAAUUCACAAUCGUAAUAAAGUGAUUUUUUUAAGAGCCCAAGGAAAACUCUUUUAUUUAUUGGGGUUCUGUCUUGAUUUGUGAUGCUCACUGAACCAGACUUAAGGUGCCCACAAGAUGUUUUUCGGGUUCACUAUAAAUUCCGAAGUCUCCCAAGAAGUAAAAGGGGGACGCCCUUGCAAUCGUGUUGCUUCAGUGUUAAUUCUGGAGUUUCAUAGACUCAAUCCCAGAGCCCUCUUUCGGAAUACGGUUCAGGGGUAGUUCCUGAGGCUCUUAUGGCUUAUGUAUGCUGAACUUCUUUUGCACCAUACAUAGUCAACCGUGGUAAUCGGAUGGUUCCGCAUUGCUCAUACCCGACUCGACUUGAGCAACCUCGCAAUUCUUAGGGCUUAUUGCGCGUGGUUUGCACUUGCGUAAAACUUUCCCUUCGCUUGGCCCCCCAGCACCCCACACACAUUUGUGGCAAUCAAACCGGAGGAGAUUUGCAAACUUUUGUCAAAAGUGGCGAUUCUUUAAGUGGCUUUUUGGGAGUCUGGCAACUGUCGGCUGUGUCUCGACCUCUGAUUUUGGUCCUCGUUUUAUUUUCUGCUGCUGCUGCCAUUGUCUCUGCUCCGCAUUGUGGACCCCGUGCUGUUUUGCCGUUGUCUCUUGGAUGUGGAGACAGGGUUUUGCAAGGGAGCCGCUCGUUCGGCGAUGGAUUUUAAUUUUACCAAAACAUUUCCAUCCACAGACUUUGAGUAUCCCCCCCAUCAUCAUAAAAAAUUAAAAAUCGAUAUCAGCAUGGUAUUGUCGUCUUGUACAAAAUGUUAUUACAUUAUUAUUGUUAUUUUUGUUAAGUUUACCACCCACCCAAACUAUGAAGUGGCCUGAUUGAUGAAUCUUCAGGAAGGCAUUUUCCCCAUGUUUUUUUUAUUUCUGGAAAACAAUAAACAUGUGAGAAAGCCGACUGGGUUGUUUUGCGACCAAGUGUCAGUGGAAAAACUGCCUUUCCACCAACAGGAAUUGAGUCUGUUGCGCGUCCGUGGGUCUGCAUCGAUUUUGUUGUUUCACCUUGCCGCGGCUUCUCACCUCCGGGCGCUGUGCGAAGCAGUGGAUGGGGGGGGGAUGAAGCUAAAUGGGGGAUGUCCUGCAAGUCUCUCCCAAUCCAGAGUUUGUCUCAAGUUUAAAAUGGCUCGAGAAAUCCCAUUACGCACAACGUGUGUUUAUUUAAAAAAAAAAACUUUUUCCUGUAAAAAUAAAUUCUACACGUCCAGUCCCCCCCCCCUUCCCCCCCGAUCAGGGCGUCGUGCAACGGCGAUGCACGGCAUGCGAAAAUGAUAAGUACGCGAUUUUUUUUUAGUGAACGUUGAAAAGCACGUACGGUUUUAAAACGACGUUUGGUGAUGGACGGACAUUGGUGAAACAGCUGGUGGAGCACGUGGAUGCGUGUGUGUGCGGUGGGGGGGGGGGCGUCGUGCGUGUAUUUGUGUCGCCACUUUUUCUUCACGAGGUCGUGCUCUUUUAUCGGGUGCGGAAUUGGAGGUCGUGCCGUGUGCCUGGGCCACGUGGAACCCUCCCUCGUGCGCGAAUUAAUCGGUACCAGGACUCAGGUGGACUGUCGUUAGGUCCCAUUCCAAAAGAAAACUCCCGUGACCACGUUUCUUUGUGCGUGAAUAGCGUCAUCGUGUUAUUGUAAUAACUAAUAACAGCAUCGGAUUGAAUUCGUGUGUAGACCAAGCAAGUGGCUGUUUUGUUUGCUCGCUGAGUUCAGAUUUUUCAUUUUAUGUAUUUAGUUUGUGUUUUUAGUGCUCGUCAUCACCUCGCCUGUUAAAGGAGACCUACAAUUUGGAGUCUAAGAAAUAGAUGCAAGUCAUGUUGCAGAAAUGAACUCAAACGUAAGUUUAAAACUUCCCCCUCGAUGAAAAAGUGAAAAUAUUAAGCGAAAUUCCCAAUAGCUCUUUGCAAAUACGGAAAUAUCACUGGGUUAAAUGAAUCAAAUAUAUAUUGGGGCUUCAAUUGAAUUUAAGGUUUCGUGUGUCGCGCCGUGUUCUCUGGAAGCUCAAGGGGGCCUCAGUUUGUGUGGUCAAUCGGUACCAGUGGGCAUCGGCAUGGGUCCAGAUUGUUAACAAACAUUGGGCAGCAUCCUUUAAUUUCAAUAGAAACUCGUUAAUAAAGUAUUUGGCUGCUAUAAAUAUCCGCAUGAUAAGCCACUACGUUGAGCUAUCGUGUGUCAUAGGCCAGGUCGCUUCAUAAAAAAAAUAAAAAGCUACGUUGCUCAGUGGGGCCUAUACCUGGUUAAAUUAAAUGAAAAUUUAGUUUAAAACCAACUGCCUCGUUUGCAGCUGCUGCUGUAUCUGCGUGAAACCCUGCAGAAUACGUCGUAAAAGUUCUCUCUGUUCUUAAAUUAGGGCAAAAAAAUCGUGAAAUUGACCAAAAGCCCUGUUUGCGUUGUUACUCCGUGUGAAAAUUGACGGAAGUUUUAGCUACAGGAGAAAAUACCCAACGCUUAUAAUAAUGGCGAGGAAGUUAAACGAUCUUUGUGUGGCGGGGUUGGGGGGUUAUUUGGCGAGUUGGUCAAGAAUGGAAAUGGAUACUCGGGGGGGAGCGGGGCGGGGGGUGAGCCAUGGUUGCUGGAGUUAUUAAUAAAACCACAACACUGUAUAUAUUGCUGAAACUUAGUAGCAUCUUGUGUCGUAAAUCCCUAGAGAGACGUCGGAUGUGUUGGGAGGAUUGUACGAGGGAUUUUGGCCAAAAUAAAAUAAGUUUUUAAAAAGUAA